AUUCUUAGUAAUAUUUCUUCUUUAAUUAGGGCUGAAUAUUGGAAGUCUCAACCCAGGAAGCUGUGUGAGUUUUGCAAGUGUUGGAUUACAGACAACAAACCGGUAUUUAAACUUUUGGCUAGCACCAGAGAAGUUUAAAUCCAAUAUUAACUAGUUAAUGGUUGAUUUGAGGUGAUAUUUGGACCGAUAAUUGAUCUGAAUAGAGAUUUUUUAACCUGUUUGCAUACAUCUUAAUCUCGACACCCCCUCCUUUACUUUUUUUAGCCUCAAAUUUAUUAGGACACAAAUAAUUUCAUCUAAUUACAGGUCAAUACAAUAAUGUUUGGGUGAUCAUUGUCUUACUGUUAGGAGAAAUGAUACUGAUCAGGGCUAGGGCAUAAUGGGUUAAAAUACUGCAACUAAGCACACACAACAACAACACCGAAACCUUUAAAGAUUGUUAUGUUAUUUUGUAAGUUGUAAACAUUGCAUGUUCUUGUGUAUGUGUUUUAUGACGUUAAUUUUUACCAGUUAUGUAUGAGAUGCUGCUCCUCUGCUAGUACAGUUAAACCUUCAUGUGCCACUGCUUCUCUUAUCAACCACCUCCUAUAAUUGCGACCACUUAUCCAAAACACCAAAAUUUUCUCAGUCAAAUCCUUAUGGUUCCUUAUGGAACCUCUUGUAAAUGCCCACCUCUCGUAAGCGACUGCAACCACUUCUUAGGAUGAUGGUUUUAGAAUUUUCCCUUGUUUGUAAUCUCUUCUAAGUGACUGUCUGAUCUUUGUGUUCACUGUAUGUGUUAUGCCACUCAGAGUAUGAGAAAAACUUUUAGAAACAACAUGGAUUUACAUUAUGUUGUAACCUAAAAGUUGUAUGCAAUACAUCCUUUCCAAAAAGUACAUGUCAUCUCUUACAGGUGGACUCUUGUAAGCAACCACUAUCUCUUCUCAUUUUGGGUGGUUGUUUUGGGUGCUGUAGCUGAUUUUCUUUACUAGGUCUCAUGUAAUUAGCAAUAGCCUUAGGACUAUAGAGCAAACCAUUGAAAUAAUACCCCUAACCCUCAGAACAAAUGGUAAAGAUGAAAAGCUUCUUUUGCGAUCAUCACCAAGUGAUGGCACUGCAAAAUGUCUCAGCUAUUUAAAAAUCACAUUUCCCGAAAGUGUCCAUACCGUUGUCCAAAUUCAAUGAAGAUUCCCACAGGGUUAAUCCAUACUACAGAAUACUUUCCCUAAAUAUGCAGAUGUACAAUGGUUUGUUCCCUAGAUGAGUAUAACAAACAUUUACUACUUGGGUAAGGAUCACAUUUGGAGCUUUGAAUUUGGUUUUCAUGACACCAUGCAUUUUUAAUGAUUUUGACACCAUGCAGCUAUUAUUGAUAGUGUUUUUAAUAGAUUUACUUUAUAAAAACCUUAUGUAGCUAUUGGAAUUGAGUGCUAUAAAAAUGUGUUAUUGUAAUCCUUUGUUAGAGAAGAAAAUAUAUUCUUCCUGCAAACAUUCGCUAACUGAUGCCUUUCUUUGUCACUUUGCUUUAGAGUGUAGAGUUUCAUGAGAGAGGCAAGAAACACAAAGAAAAUGUUCAGAGAAGAAUUGAAGAGGUCAGUGAAUAAUUGCACAUGAGGUAGUUAUUUUUAAAGAAAUUUGGCUGCUGCAUCAGUUUAAGAGUAGGAAAACAGGUGUCAAUGACAUGUCCUAUUCAGUCAGUGUUAACAAAAAUCCUAUUCAGUACUACACUCAUCCAUACCUUCUUAUGAGGUGUCAACUAUGGUACAUGUAAUAAAGAUCAUUAGCCACCAUUGUCACCAUUGGCUUUUGAUUCUGGGUGUCCAAAUAGUGGCUGGUCAUCAGUAUGAAACUGCAUGUCAUGAAAUUAAUAUUUGCACAUUGUGUCCCACGUGGGAAAAAGUUAACUUUUGAGGUGCACAACAUUUUGCUAUAUUUUGUGUAAUUUUUGCUUCGUUUAAUUUAGAUUUAAAUUUCUUACAUUUUCAUAGGGUAACUAAAUGUAAAUUUUUUCUUUAAGGUGGGAAAUAGCCUCUUGAUCACAAAAGAUAAAUUUGUAGUUAGUUCAUUCUGUUAAGGUGUAGUUUAUUCGUUUCUUUGGAGUUUAUUAUUUUGUUUGCAAUGUUAAUUGUUUGCCACAGGUUAGGAAGAAAAGUAAAGAAGUUGGCAAGGCUGAAAAACAACUGCAAAUGGACCUUGCAGCUAUUGAAGCAGUUAGUCUACAUUUUAUUAAUACUUCUAUUUAAAUAUUUCUUUCUGUAGUUUUAUGCAUUGGCUCUGUUAUUGACCUGACAUACAUUUCUUUCACUGUUCAUCACUGUUAUCGCUCAUAGAUACUUAGUUAAGUGUCUUAAUACUGUUUAUUAAAGAUGCACUGGGUAAAAGACAAGUGUGGGCCUGUUUUUGGUAACUGAAUACUUGAAACUGUUAUUGGCAAACCUUAAAGGUGAUGUCAUCAUGAUGACCAUUAUAAAAAGGUCACCUCUAUUAUAUAUUAGUUAAAACCAGAGUGGUCUAUCAUCAAUGCUGCGUUCUGAUUGGUUGAGCUACUACUAGGCUAUAUGUUGUAGCCCACUAAUAGCGAAAAGCGCCGGCUUUGAAAACCAAAACAAAGGCGGCUGAAUCGCAUUUUGCUAGCUAAAGUUGUUUUGUCUUGAUAUUUUUGACCAACUAGUUGGAUUUUACUAAAACAAUAAUUGUUUUAAUAAUUAUUAUUCCUCUUGCCCUCAUGGCCUCUGAGCCCAUUCGGGCUCGAGGAAUAAUUGUUAAUUAGUCAAGAGGUUUGACUGUACUAAUGUGAUGUAGACCGUGAGCCAGCAUUGUUAUCUGGCUGCAGGGUUGGGAUUUGAAUUUGUUAUCUUCUUUCCAGGCAGCUGUCAUAGUGGUGAAAAUAUCUUGCUUGACCUCUAAUCACACAACAUUCAGUUUCUUCUUAAACUUAAACUCAAAGGUUAAGAAUAAAGCUAGUUAUCUUCGAAGAAAAAUGUCAUAAUUUUAUAAAUUUUAAUUAUUUUUUCCUUGAUCAGCAUGAUCAUAAUAAAAAGAAGUAUUUAUAUCUAUUACUGUAUUUUGAAGAGUAAAUAAUGGUUUUUUAAAUAAAACUUUUAGGUAGACUUAAACUUACUAAUCCCUUUGUAAUAAGUGUGAUUUUGUUUUUUCACUCGUAGGCUGCCCUUAAGGCUUAUCAGAAAGAUCUGAAUAUACAAACUCCUUCCUCCAAGUCUGAAACCACAGAGGAGUCUACGACUAAAACAGCAGAAAAUGAAACCUGUUCUAAAGGAGAAACUACUGCAGGUAUGUGUGUAGUUUUUAAGAAAAAAAAAGAAUGUUGAUUUUAGCUUAUUUUAAUUAAAAUAGUUUGACCUGUAAUAAAAAGAAGUGUAGGUUGAAUUUUAGUUUUAUUGUUUUUCCUUCAUUAAAAAAUUUUAACAAGGGAUACACAAAUGCAAAAUUGAACCACAACAUAAUAAAAAUAAUAAUUAAAAAUGCUCUACGUUAUUUCCUUCUUGAAAUCAUUGUUUUCAAAUCUGCAAUGUCAUUAACUUUAUUUUGCAUACAAUUCAAUUUGGCCUAAGAUUUUUUUCUUUUUAUCCAGGUUUGGCCAUGACAUUAAUUUGACAAUUAAGCUUGAUGUGAAUUUUUAGUUGUUCUAAUGUACAAUGUUCAGUAGACGUUGGUGGAUGGUUGUUAAUUUAACUGAUUCUUUCGCAGCCAAUAGUCAGUCAAGCAUUUAACUUAUAUAUAGGUCUUCAUAUUUUAUUAUUGACUGGUUAUUACUAUACAAUGACCUUAUUGGGGGAUUAAAUCUGAUGGUGACAUGAUACUUGACCAAAAUAAGAAGUGGCCAGACAUCAGCAAGAAUACACUCAUUCUGUUGUUCAAUAAUAUUAUACCAGCCAACCAUGAAACAAUGGUCUGACAGUGUUAGUCCCUUGUUGUUGUUAUAUCAAACCCCAUGCACUUCCCACUGUAUUUACAUGAUUUGGCUAACGGUUGUAGGUAAAACCAAUCUCAUGUUAAAACAAUAUUUAACCUAGUUUGGCUCAGACAACUUUAAUUUAGGAAACUCUAGUAUAACGAGAGAACAGAUUUUUCCUUCAACUUACAUACCACCUGAAAUUGGACUUACUAAGUGGACAGGCAAUGUGUCAACAGACUGUACAUCAGCCCUUUGCUUCGUUUAAGACACCUUUGAACAUGUUUGUGUUUCUUGCAGCCUGCUUUGUUUCAUAUGAAGGUAGUUUAGCCACUAUGACCUGCACUCAUGGCUGGAAUAUUUGGCAAACACCUGAAGGCUAUUAUUACUAUUACAACACAGCAACACAAGGUACAAUGUAACAAACUUUUGGAGAUUAUUGAUAACUUUAUAGACAGUACUAGCUGAACUGAGUACAGUGCAGUUUAGAAAAGUUAGGCCAACUCUGGACUCCUGUAACUACAGCUGACAAAUUACCACUCUUAAAAAUUGGGCUUUGAGCUUUUCAGUAUAAUAAAGGCUAACAUUAAAUAUGGAGCUGGGCUGCACUCUCCUGUGUUCUGUACUGUAUGAUUACAUCAUUGUUCACAACAAAAAUUGUCUGGAGGCUGCCUGGUUGGUUGUGUGCAAGUAUAAGGUGGUUUCGUAACCUCUAGAAUAGGAUAGGUUGAUGAGCAGGGGUAUGGGAGGGGGGUGGGUAUUGCAAAUGUAAGAAACUCCUCUCAUCAUCUGAAGAAGUUGGCAUCUUUAAAUCACUAGUUAUUGAAUUUGAUUUCCACUCUCGAUAACCUGUCACUUGCUCAGGCAAGAAUGAUUUGAAAAAAUAUUAGUUAAAUGUUUGUGAAACAGGAAUGUCCACAUAGAGAAUAAUGCUAAAUGUACAGACUGGGUGUAAGUUACUUGCCUUCGGCAAAAUAAGAAUUCUGAGACUCCAGUAGUAAUCUAUCACAGAUAUUGAUUCCUCUUAGUUGGGAAGAGGAAAAUUUUCUUUUUCAAGAUCUCAGGUAACACUUUGUCAGUUAGUAUCAAUCAUCACAUGCUCUGUGACCGUUUAUUUAACCUCCAACCAGUCAUAUACUAUUAAAGUAUAAGCUUAAGUAAGCUUAAUUUGCCAUUCUAGAACUUUUACCUAUUAUUUGUUCCAGUCUGUAUGUCUGUACAUAGCUCAGCAUUUUAUUAUUAUAUGUACAUGUAAGAGUGGCCAUGAGGCCAGUGCCAGCCAAGGUUUCAUUUACAUGAUGAAGCAACUCAACAUGAUUCCUUUUUUUUUUCUUUAAGUAACACAGUGGGAAUCACCAUCAUGUUUGUUGCCAACAGCACCACAGAAUACAAGGUAUGCUAUUUUAAUGUUUUAUCUUUCAUUGUUUUGAAAUUAUCAUUAUUAUUACUGUUAUUUUUUAUUAUUUUGACCGUGACACUUGAAGUCUUCUUAUCAAGUUGUUCUUUUUUCAUUCAUGAUAUUCAUUCUUUGUAAUAAUUUUUAUAAAACUUUCAGCCAUUCAGAGAAAAAUAAACCUACAAGUGAGGGUCCCCAAGUUGCUCUUCAAGAUGUAAGUUUUAAAUUUAUGCUGUUAAGUAGGUCUGCUACAAAGCGAAAUAAAUAACAAAAGCGAUUUCUAAAAAAAGAUUAAAAUAUGAAGUCAACAAAUACCUUAUCUCCUUGCAGGUAAAUGGAAUAUUGUGUUACGGUUAUUAUCUGCAGUGUUCUUUCUUUACAAUUUUUCUAAUCUAUCAACUGCCCUUUGUCUUCCCUACUACAUUUUGAGCUCUGUGCUGACCUGUGCUUAGCACCUUGUUUACUCUAUAAAAUUCUGCUUGUUUUAGGCUUUUUUGAAUGUGAAGAGUGACAUGUAAUCGAGACCGGAGGAAAAAAAAAAAACGUAAGAGAAGGAGAGGGACCUACACCCCCUUGCUGGUUUUCCAUUCUUUGCGCUGUCGUCACUACACACACGUAUCUGAAUGCCUGGCCAUGCUACUCUAUAAAUAAACAUAACUGAUAAAAUAACACAGACUAUGGUUAAAUAUUAAAUGUUAUCACAGGAAUCAGAGGAAAAUCUCUGACUUUGAUUGAAUUGUUCCACCUCAGGGUUAUGUCAGUCUAAGAAAGGGGUUGAUGCAUGGGCAGUCAAACCAUCUUGGAUUUGCCCUGUUGCUGGGAAUCAUGACCACAUACAUGGCAUAAUUAUUGAUAAAUUUUCACUGAUAAGUCAAUAAAAGCUAAUGGUUUGCAUUGAUACAUAGACUGUGAAAAAAAAAGAAAGUUAGUUUAUUUUCCUGUCCGUGGAGUUUCCUGUUGCUAUCAACAGGAAACUCAACGGACAGGCAAAUAAACUAACGUGAAUCAACUUUCAACACACCAGAAGUAUGGUUGUAACAAAUUGUGCAAACCUGUUGAUUUAAUACUACUGAGGUUCUUAGACUUUUAGUCUCGUGAAUAAGCUCUUAUUUGCUUUAUUUAUUUGCAGAAAAGCGACAAAAGUAAAACUAGCGAAACAAAAAAGGAGGAGGCGAAGAGCUCUCCUUACGGACAAUGGACUACAGUGCAAACAUUUGAACCCUUACCGGACACGUAAGUCUAAAAAGCUGGUGUGCUUAUUGGAAAGAAAAUGACGGGGAGGUCGCGGCAGGAGCAUCGAGGGUGUCUUUGUAAGAGUAGUGGGAUCAUGCUCGCUGUGAUCUGAGAUCUUAGUUCAGAUGAUUGCGGUAUUGGGCGAUAAGGUAAAGGCGUUGGCAAUGUCUCCUUUUGGACAUGUUGUAGAACCAGCCGCCCCCACGAACGCGUGACGAAUCAGUUAGAAUGUCUGCGGGGAAAGUAAAGGAGUACUUGAUGCUUCACCAUCACAACAUCGUAUUAUAUUUUAUUCUUUCUGUUUCUAGAAAAAAGGAAAAUUCGUCAAAUGGUAACGAUGAAAAGCAAGUCCCUACAGGGGAGUCUGUUCCAAAGGAAGUCAAAUUCAAGGAGCGCUCAACUCCCAAAAUCACUUUCCGUUCUGAUGGCGCCGGCAGUGAAGUUGCAUUCAAGAAACGGAAACUCAACCCUGGGAAGAAAAGGAACGUACGGCAGACAGAUCCCAACAAAAUAGGCUGA